AUGCCGGUUCGCCGUUACGGUGGCCGUUACAACAACAGCUCGUCCGGUGUAUCGAAUGCGCUGAGCUCGUCCAGCACCGCUGGGUUGCGGCCAUCGCCGUCGUCCAGAGAGAACUCGACGCCCCUCUCUACACACCACGAUCCCGCCUUCCUGAGUACCAACCAUGCGAAGAAUGAAGGGGGCCUUUGCCAGAAACACCAUGUCAGGUUCCGGGAGCCAAGCGUCGAGGUCGAAGUGGAGAUUAUGGACGACGAGCCGUCACGAGGCCUGCAGAAGCCGCCGAGCAGGGCGCGGCACGCCGCAGACGCGAACAACAACAGCGCCAGCGCGCAGUGCAACACCACAAGGACGUCCGACUACACCUUUUACACAAAUGAGGACCAGAAAAAGGUGUACGAGGCGCUGCGCUCGCUGCGGCCUUUGCCGGAGCUGCAGGAGCCGCGUCGCGUGAAGGAGUACUCAGAGGUGUCGAUCAAGGAGUCGCUCUACCGCAUCGUCGAGGCACACGACGUCAUCAUGGUUGCCGGGGCCUUUUUUGGAGACGAGGGCAAAGGCAAGACAGUGGAUGCGGUCGCCCAUCACCCACUCUGCACGUGCAUCGCGCGGGUGAACAGCGGGGAGAACGCCGGCCACACUGUCUAUGACAAGGCCGGUCGCAAGUUUGUCUUCAACCUCGCACCGUCCGGCCUACUGCUGCCUGGCAAGAGGAACUACAUUGGCCCUGAGUGUGUCAUGGACCCUGUCAGCUUCAUGGAGAAGGAGAUUAUUCAGCUGAUCAGCGCCGGUAUCGACUACCAUGACCGUCUCUUCAUUGGCAACGUAUGCAUUGUGACGCCGUACCACAAGCUUUUGGACCUGCUUGGCUCAGCGGCAAACUCGUCGACGCUGAAGGGCAUGGCGCCAGUGCACGGCAGCAAGGUGAUGAAGCGUGGCAUCCGGCUGGACCACAUCUUCAACGACGACGAGACGCUGCGCAAGCGGCUGGAGAAGGACAUGGAGACCUACCUUGGUCUGCUCAAAGUGAAGAACCUCUCGGACGCCGACGUGGUGCGGCUCUGUCGCGAGGAGAACAGCGACGGCGUUCUGCGGGUACCGGACUACGUCAUAGCGUUUGCGCAGGCAAAAGAAAAAGUGAAGUUCCUCAUGAACCUCUAUCACGACCGUGUGCGGAACAACCCCGACUUCCCCGCUCGCUGCGACGUCAUUUACGAGCUGCGGGCGGCGGUGCUGCGCGGCGAGAAAGUAUUGCUCGAGGGCCCCCAAUCUUACUGGCUUAGCAACGCCCGCACAAAGUUCUGGGAGAGCACCACGUCAGCGGACACCACCGCGGCCGGCUUGCUGGCAGCCUCGCAGCUUAACUUCCAGCAGUUCAAGUCCGUCGUUCUCAAUGUCCACAAGGCCCCAGGGUCCAGUCGCGUCGGCAUUGGUGCCUGCCCCAGCAGCUUCGUCCCGCAGGACUUCUUCAGUGCCCAGAACAUCAAGACGCUACACGACUUGCCACCGGCGACGUGUGCCAACUUCGAGGCUAUUCAGCGCACUCUCUUCCGCGACGGCUUUCCCUACAGCAACGACAAGGCAAAGCACAAUGGUAUCAUGGCGCCGGUAGAGUACUCGGACGAGACCGGUGACUACAACAUCGGCGUCGCCAUGGCCAUCGCCUCAGCGCAGCACCACGGCGAAUGUGGAGCCGUCACGAAGAAGCCGCGCGUGUGCGGCUUCUUCGACUGCGUCCUGCAGCACGAAGUGAACAGCAUUCAAGGCCCAUACCUCACUAUCUCCGCUCUUGACCGCGGAGACGAGUACGACAAGGUCGGCGUCACCAUCGCCUACGUCUAUUACAACCCGGAAGGGAAGCAGGUAAACGUAAAUGGGCACGUGUACAAGAAUGGCGACAUCAUCCGCGCCGGUGAUCCGGUACCGAGCGAGUCGGCCCUCUACCACUGCCAUCCGAUCGUAAAGCUGAUUGACGGCUGGCGCGACAACCCGAUCGCCGCGGCGAAGCGCCGCCGCAACACACCGCUGCCGCGCGGUUUGUGUGAGCUCCUUUCCACCAUUGAGUACUUCACCAACUGUAAGGUUCUAUCGAUCGGCAACGGACCGAAUGGAGACGACAUUAUCUACCUGCGCCAGUAG